GAGCACACGCACCGCAUACGCUAAAAUAUAACAGUAUAUUGUAAGCUGAUUUUGGUGAAAAAUGACGGCCACCACAGCUGUGUCAUUGACGCAUUCGCCGCUAGUACGCGCCUUUCCUUUAAUUAUUUCAGGAAUGUUAGUGAAUAAAAUAGGCCAAGACUAUGACUACAAAGACAUUUACUAUGUGGUGGUGGUGGAUUGCGGUUCCAGCGGUUCCAGGUUACAUGCUUACAAAUUCAUUCUGCCUAAAGGAUAUCGUAGGAUCGAUUCUGAAAACCUAAACAUAGAUGAUGAACUAUACGCUGCCAUAAAACCUGGACUCUCGAGUUAUGCGGAUAUACCAAAAGUAGGUGCAAAGGCCAUUGUUGAUUUGAUAAAAGCGGCAGAUGUAUUUGUACCAAAGGAAAUGAAAGCAGUGACUCCUUUGAUAGUACGUGCGACAGCUGGUUUGAGAGUAUUACCUGAAAACAAAGCUGAUACACUGAUAAAGCAUAUUCGUGAAGCUAUUUCUGACCUUGGCUAUCCAGUGAACGAAAAUAGUGUCAAAAUACUAAAGGAGUCAGACGAGGGUAUCUGCAUGUGGUAUGCGGUUAACUUGCUGACUGAUAAUCUCGGAAAGGGUACAGCAAUGACAUCAUUAGAAAUAGGCGGAGCGUCAGCUCAAGUAACUUACGCGGUGAACAACGACGACAUAAACAAAUAUUCAGCCAAUGACAUAUUUAUACGACCUGCUGUUUUCAGCACUACACUUUUCUCUCACAGUUUCAUCGGACAGGGUAUAGGAGCAGCUCGUUUCGGUUCCCUUCAAUUGGAGUCUGGUCAUCCUGAACCACAGGAGCUGUAUUUGUCCGUGUGCCUAGACCCUGCUUUGUGCGAGCAUGAAUUUAAUUUUUUUGGCCAGCUUGUGAAAGUCAGCGGAACGUCUCGUAAGGGUUUGAGUCCAGAGGCAGUUUUUGCGCGAUGUCGUGAGAUAGUUCAGCGGUACAUCAAAGUUACGAUGAAAUCUACUAACGUCGAGAAGGUCCCUACAGAGAACGGCGUCGCCGCCAUGGGAUACUUUUACCAUUUUUCCAACGACGAAGGAUUUAUUACUCCAGACGAAAGUGGCGAGAUAUCUAUUCUUCAGAUAAUGGAACACGCGAUGGGUCCAAGUGGUGGAUGUGCUACAUCUGAUGAGAAGAGACCUUGGCGUUGUUUUGACGCCGUCUUUAUCGUAUCCCUGCUGCAGGAUGGUUACGGGUUUGAUGAGAGUACUAAGAUUAAUGUGUACAAUGAUAUUGAUGGAUAUGGCGUAGAGUGGUCUCUAGGAAUCGCCUACAAUUACGUGAUGGCGGCGAUUACUGCGCAGCCUGGUCCCGCAAACGUCUACGACAAAUUUAUUAGGAGCAUAUUGGCCAAAAGGAGAAAAUAAAACAAUUGAGGAUCAUCGUAUAUUUUUCAGUGGAACAUAAAGUUGCUAUCGGUAAUGCGAGAUUCAAUCAGUGCUUGU